AUGAACUUCCCUUCAUCUUCACCAGAUCUUCCAGCUAUGUCUCAACUCUUCAAACUACCCACGCCUAGACAGCUAUCUUCAGAACAUCAUCUAUCAUCUCAGCAUAGCAGUACUUUCAUUCAUUCAGGACCAAGUCGACAAUCAAAUAAUAUCCAGCAAUCAAAUAAUAUCGAGCAAUCAAAUAAUAUCCAGCAAUCGAAUAAUAUCCAGCAAUCUAAUCAGCGUCGUUCAUUUCGUACACGCAAACAAUGUCAAAUAAAACCUUACACAACUGAAACUCAUAAAUACCUCAAAGCACUACAAAGUACAGAUUGGCAAGAUGCAGUGGUCAUUAUGCCUCGUCGACCUCAUAAGAUUAGAGAUGAUGAAAAUGGUGAUGAAUUGAAUGAUAACACAUUAGAUUCAUUUAUAUCAGAUACUUCUCCUACUCCAGAAAUACCAUCAUCUCAAAUUGGUCAAUUUUGUGAACGUUCCUAUAAGAGACGUAGGAGGGCAUCUUCUGAAGGGCCAAGACGGCCAAAUCAACCCCGAUUUCGUGAUGAAAUCAUCGAUUCUCAAACUACGCGUCCAUCCAAAGGAAAAGCGCGUCAGAAAUCGCCUCAAUGUCGCAUGCCGGUCUCAAAAUGGCUUACUGAUCCACCCGAACCUGAUGAUGCCUCUUAUACGCGUCAACUCGAUAGGACUUUAUCGGCGUCUACAUCCAAUGGAUUACCUCGUACUCCUCAAACUUUGACACCUGAGGCUCGAAUAUCUAGCCCGGCCACCAGCUUUCCUUCACAUAUCUCACCUACCCCUUCGCCUACCAGUUUUCGUCGUACAUUCUCUUUCAGUCCAGAGCGUGCCCAUCACCAUCUUUCAAUGCGUCCACCUCAAUCUCGUCACCCUCGCCGUCAAACAACCUCAUUCAAAACACUCUCCAAACAGAAGUCGACUGAUGCUGCGGUAAUCGGACGACCACGUGUAUCAGUCCCGCAUGCAAAUUUUCAGUCAUUGAUUAAUUCAGCAACUGGAAACUCUACCCGAUCUGUUCAAAACAAAGCUUCAAGUCACCGAGCUUCUGUAUUAGAUCUCACACUUGAUUCAUCGCCAAUCUCCAAUCAAAGAAACCGCAGCAAUGGGACCAAUACUAUCGCUAAUCGUUCUGGUCAAGACCCCCAACCUUCGACAUCUUAUCGGACCUCAGUCAGCAAGACAACUGGAAAGACUCCUAAAAAACAAGUGGAGAAGCGCAAAGAAUCCGAAGAGAAAGAGGAAGAAGACGGGGAGGACGGGGAGGACGAAGAAGACGAAGAAGACGAAGAAGACGAAGAAGAAACUGCCGAUGAGGCACUUUUCAGAGAAGCUGUAUUGCCAAAAAAAUCCAGAUUGAAAUUAUUAGGCAGAAUGAUGCCCAAAAGCUAUGUGAAGAAAGCAGCCAAGGAUCUAAAAUUGAUGGAACAAGAGCGUAAACAUGGACGUUUGAAGUUAACGCUUUCAGGUUCAGAUACAAAUGGAUCUUCAGGAUCUGAAUCUGAAAGACCGACGAGAAUAGCUAAAAAGACCACAACUCGUCCAGCUCGAAGACCUAGUAUAUCUCCCCCUAGGAAAUCUCGUCUAGAUCCUUCUGACGAUCCUGAGCUAGAGCCAGAGCGUCCCGGAAUCACUUGGGCUGAAAAAUUAGUAUCACGCGUACCUAGCGCUCAAAAUGCAAAUACAGAUCCUAGUCAUGAGAUGCGUCCGAUUCGAUAUAAUUCCCGUCGAUCACCCUCGCCAGAGCUUCGAGGGGCGAACCCUCCUGCGAAAAAAUCUAGGGCUCAUCAUCAAACUGAAGAGACGGACUUGGUGAUCUCUCUGAAAGAUGAUCAUGCUUUUUGGCGUACCCAUGAAUCAGCCAAUGCAAUCCCAAGUCUUAAUCUAGCACCUCCUUCAAUUCGAGCUCAGCAAAGUGGCCCCCAACCUAUCAAUCCUGGACUUCCGAUCACCUUGUUAAUCAAUGCCUUCAAAGAUUUCACACCUGAUUUUUCAAUUCCAUCCCUUAAUCCUGACAUCAAGAUUCAAAGUGAGACGAAUUAUUUGUCUGGUGGAUAUCUCUCCAAUCUACUCAACAUUAUCCAAGGUCAUACACAAGUACAGAUAGUAGAUAUAGAUACAGAAGAGUCAAAAGAAUUCUUUGGUCAAUCUUAUAGUAUGACCAUGUCACCUAUCACAUUCGUCGAACGUUUGGUAGAAGCGGCUGAUCUUGUACAAGAUGAAUUGAAUUUAUAUCUCGCACUCGAUUCGGCUCGAACCGCUGAUGCACUCUCACAAAUGUCUCAUGGGUUUCGAUUCUUUGGUGAUUUUGUUAGUCAUCAAAGACCUACUCCUACAUCUAUGAUGUCAGUUGAGGUAUUGGCCGAAGAAGUCAGCAAAUGGACCGAUGAAAUGAUCGAUCGACUUGAUGAUCUUGCUUUAGAUUCUGUUAAUCGACCUGAAUUCAGUAAAUUGAUGCUCAUUGUUAGUUGGGGUCUUUUCGAAUUAGGAUGUCGACUUCAUGCUCGAGUGGGAGGAUCGGAGAUUGUAGAACGUGCUAAUAAAAACCUUAUACGGCGUUUGCUCGAAUAUGGACCACCACAUACGAUGAGUAGUUUGAAGGAGGCCAUCAAAGAUCCUCUUAAGCCUAUCACCGACCUGUCUAUCGAAAUCUGGGUUUCAUUAAUCAACAUUGUGGUGCUCAAUGGUGCUCCAUCCAAAAGAGCGGCUUGUUUGGCCAAAAUUCAAUUCUGGAAUACCGUCACCGAACAAACUCGUCAGUUCUCAGAGAAAUCAGGUUUGAUUGGGUCAGUAGCACAGGGUGAAGCACAAGGAUAUGUUGCUAUGUCACUUUGUGCCUUUUCUCAAUUUUCGCCUGAUGGUGUCUCUGCCAAGGAACCUCGGAUGGAAGCACAUUGGAUUGAGUCGAAUAGCAAGUGA